UCAGACUUGGACGGAUUUUGGUUGAAAUCGUGCUAAUCGAGAUGGAAAUGGGGUUUGCAACCUGUGCACCUCAUUAUCUUCAGCAGAGGCAGGGUAGACUCCAGUUGCCCUUGGAGGGUGUGAAGAUAACCAGUUUCAGCUCUGUAGAGGAUCAGCCAGUUACAUAAAUGCAGUAUCUAAACGUAAAAGAAGAUUGCAAAGCCAUGGCUUUCUGUGCAAAAAUGAGGAGCACGAAGAAGAGUGAAGUAAACCUGGAAGCUCAGCACCAGGGUCUAGAAAUACUUUUCUACCUACAAGAUAAAACUCCCAUUUGUUGCACGAGUGGCGAGUUCACUUCGGAGGAGCUGUGCAUCAAAGCUGCCCAGCGGUGUUCCAUAUCUCCUCUCUGCCAUAAUCUCUUUGCACUCUAUGAUGAAAACAAAAAACUCUGGUAUGCACCAAACCAGGUCUUCAAGAUAGAUGAAAAAACAUCCCUGAGGCUCCAUUACCGAAUGAGAUUCUACUUCACAAACUGGCAUGGCACUAACGAAAGUGAGCCCUCAGUGUUGAGGCAUUCCCCAAAGAAGGCAAAGACCUCUUCUGAGAAGAAGACAGCACCAGAAGGAACCCCAAUAUUCGAUGCAAGCUCUUUAGAAUACAUCUUUGCACAGGGUCAGUAUGACUUAGUGAAAGGCCUGGCACUGAUCCGUGACCCAAAGAACGAUCAAGAGGUCCAUGAAAUCGAGAACGAGUGUCUGGGGAUGGCUGUCCUUGCCAUCUCUCACUAUGCCAUGAAGAAAAAGGUGAAGCUUCCAGAGCUUUCCAAAGAGAUCAGUUACAAGCAUUAUAUCCCUGAAACUUUGAACAAGACCAUCAGGCAGAGGAACUUCUUGACCAGGAUUCGCAUCAAUAACGUUUUCAAGCAUUUCCUUAAAGAGUUUAACAACAAGACCAUCUGUGAAGGUAACGUGUCCCCACGUGACCUCAAAGUCAAAUACUUAUCGACCAUGGAGACCCUGACCAAACAUUAUGGAGCUGAAAUUUUUGAGACUUCGUUUUUGCGGAUCUCCUCCGAGAAUGAAAUCAACGGGUUUAGCUGCGGAGACAGCGAGAGCCUCCCGCUCUACGAGGUCAUCGUCACCGGCAACAACGGCAUCCAGUGGAGGCUCAAGCCCAGUUCUGUACAGGCAGAGAAAGAGAAGAAGAAGAAAUCUGAUGGCAAAACCAAAAAGGAGGAAGAAAAACACAAAACUCGAGACCUGUGGAACAAUUUCUCCUAUUUUCCUGAAAUCACCCACAUAGUCAUCAAGGAGUGUACAGUUAGCAUUAACAAGCAGGACAACAAAAGGAUGGAGCUAAAGCUGUCCUCACACGAGGAGGCCCUGUCCUUUGCGUCGCUGGUUGAUGGCUACUUCAGGCUGACAGCAGAUGCCCACCAUUACCUCUGCACUGAUGUGGCUCCCCCACUGAUUGAGCACAACAUCAAAAAUGGAUGUCAUGGACCCAUUUGCACGGAAUAUGCCAUCCACAAACUGCGGCUGGAAGGGGAUGAAGCAGGGAUGUAUGUGCUGAGAUGGAGCUGCACCAACUUCAACCACAUCCUCAUGACAGUCACCUGCUGUGAAGGCUCAGAGACAAAUAACUCAGUUCAGCACAAGAACUUCCAGAUCGAGGUGGAGAAAGGCGAGUACUUCCUGCAUGGCUCCAACAAGCCUUUCUCAUCCUUGAAAGAGCUGAUGGAUCACCUGAAAGGACAAACACUGCGCACAGACAACAUAAGCUUUACACUGAAGAGGUGCUGCCAACCAAAACCAAGAGAAAUCUCCAACUUGCUAGUUGCAACCAAGAAGGCUCAGGAGUGGCAGCCCGUUUAUCCCCUUGGGCAGCUGAUUUUCCAUCGUAUCCUGAAGGAAGAAAUCAUACAGGGUGAACACCUUGGAAGAGGGACAAGAACACAGAUUUACUCAGGGGUCCUCAACUACAAAGAUGAUGAGAAUGAAGGAUAUCAAAAUGAAAGAGAGAUUAAAGUCCUCCUCAAAGUCUUGGACCCCAGCCACAGAGACAUUUCUUUGGCCUUCUUUGAGACAGCCAGCAUGAUGAAGCAGGUGUCUCACAAGCACAUUGUCCUCCUCCAUGGAGUCUGCGUCCGCGAUGUUGAAAAUAUCAUGGUUGAAGAGUUUGUGGAAUUUGGGCCUCUGGAUCUGUUCAUGCAUCGGAAAAGCGAACAACUGACAACACCUUGGAAGUUCAAAGUUGCCAAGCAACUUGCAAGUGCACUGAGCUACUUGGAGGACAAGGAUUUGGUGCAUGGCAAUGUGUGUACCAAAAACAUCCUGCUGGCAAGAGAAGGAAUUGACACGGAAUAUGGGCCUUUCAUAAAGCUGAGUGACCCUGGAAUACCCAUAACUGUCCUGUCCAGGCAAGAAUGUGUGGAGCGAAUCCCCUGGAUUGCACCUGAGUGUGUUGAAGACUCCAAAAAUUUAAGUGUGGCAGCAGAUAAGUGGAGCUUUGGUACAACACUGUGGGAAAUCUGCUACAAUGGAGAAGUACCACUGAAGGACAAGACCUUAGCAGAGAAGGAGAGGUUCUACGAGGGGCAUUUUGUGUUGGCAACACCAUCCUGCAAGGAGCUGGCUGACCUGAUGAAACAGUGCAUGAACUAUGACCCCCACCAGAGACCCUUCUUCAGAGCCAUCAUGAGAGACAUCAACAAGCUGGAGGAACAAAACCCUGACAUUGUCUCAGAGAAGAAGCCUGUAACAGAGGUGGAUCCCACACUGUUUGAGAAGAGAUUCUUGAAAAGAAUCAGGGACCUAGGGGAGGGCCACUUUGGCAAGGUUGAACUCUGCAGAUAUGACCCAGAAGGUGACAACACAGGGGAGCAGGUGGCAGUGAAAUCUCUAAAGCCAGAGAGUGGAGGGAGUCACAUUGCUGAUCUCAAGAAGGAAAUUGAAAUCUUGAGGAAUCUUUAUCAUGAGAACAUUGUCAAGUACAAGGGGAUUUGCACAGAGGAUGGAGGCAGUGGGUUUAAACUCAUCAUGGAGUUCCUUCCUUCUGGGAGCCUGAAGGAGUAUCUGCCCCGCAACAAGAACAAGAUCAAUCUCAAGCAGCUGCUCCGAUACGCGGUUCAGAUCUGCAAGGGGAUGGACUAUUUGGGCUCCCGCCAGUACGUGCACCGUGACUUAGCAGCAAGAAAUGUCCUUGUUGAGAGUGAGAACAGAGUGAAGAUUGGAGACUUUGGCCUCACCAAAGCCAUUGAGACCGACAAGGAGUACUACACUGUGAAGGAUGACCUCGACAGCCCUGUGUUCUGGUAUGCUCCAGAAUGCCUGCAGCAGAGUAAAUUCUACAUUGCCUCGGAUGUCUGGUCCUUUGGGGUGACACUCUACGAGCUGCUUACCUACUGUGAUUCUGAGUCCAGCCCCAUGGCAGAGUUCCUGAAGAUGAUUGGCCCCACGCAGGGACAGAUGACGGUAGCGCGGUUGGUGCAUGUUCUGCAGGAAGAAAAGCGGCUGCCACGCCCCCCCAACUGCCCAGAGGAGGUGGACCAGCUGAUGAGGAAGUGCUGGAUCUUCAAGCACGACGAACGGAUAACCUUUCACAAUCUGAUCCAAGGCUUUGAAACAAUUAUGAGUAAAAUGUAAUUACCUUUUGGGUUGUUUUUUUGUCAUACUGUCAGUACUUCAAAUGUGUGUCCAAAUAUCACUGCCCCAGACAUUCUAGUUUGUUUUGGGUUUUUUUUAACUGCUGUUAUUUCCUGGUAUAUCCUGACUGUGCUAAUGUGGUUUAAAGGAUUCUUUUGCCAACAGUUUUCCUUUAUUAAUUUUAGCCAGCAGUUGGAUCAAAUUAAUUUAAAGGUGACAGAAACAACAGCUUAACUUUUUGGGUUUUGCUGCUGUUAGCAGAAGGCAGCUUUUAUCUUCAUCCAGCUGGGAGCAUCCUGAUGAAUGCGAGCUGAAAGAUGUGCUGCAGUCCAAGGUGCAGCAUGGCAAAGGAGCCUGCUGUGCACACUUUCAUUCCCUGGAGAGCUAAACUAGUAGGCCUGGAGAAGGCCAGUUAAUCAUUUUUAUGGAGUUUUUGAGGAGGUUUGAAAAAAUAUCUUUCAUGUGCACUUGAAUUUUAGUAACGAAACCUCCCCAGCUGUGGCAUAAAAAUCCAGAGAAGACAAAAAUUCAUCAGCUCAUUACCACCCUGCAGCUCUGAGCUCUUGUAUCUGACUGAAAAUUUGUGUCCUGUUAAAAACCCCAGCCACAGACAGCAUCGUUGUGCUUGAUGGGGUUUUUGACCAUUCCACUGCAACACCCGCUUCCUGCAUAAAUCUCUUUGCUGCUCCCAGCUCAGCCCUCCCUUCCCACCUUACCCCUUUCCACCUGCUGCAGCUUCCACUCUUCCUGUUGCUGUUGCACCUGCACACGUGAUGCUGGCAGCGUCUGCUGCAAGUGAGAGGGGAGCAGGAAAUAAGUUACUCCGGAGACAGAAACAGAAUUGGAGCUGUGUAUAGAACCUAAGGGAGCAUGCCCCACACAGAGUUAAAGGACUGAGCCACCAAGGAUGUGUCCCCAGGAGAAGAGGACUCCUCAAACAUAGCAAACAGUUGUCUUGUUAGCAGUGGUGCCACCCAGCCCACCAUUUUUGGUGGAGGAUUUGGCCAACACAUUAACUGAGUUGAGCAAUGCAGUGCAGCCCUUCACCGGGCCUAAGAUGACACUUUGGUCUUUAAUUAGAUUUCCAGACUCAAGCCAUGGACUUGUGCCACAUUCAGUUAACCAAAGGGAAAGCAGUGGGGCCAGACUGGGACCACAUACGUUUUAUUGCCAGGACCAGGCUCAGCAGGGCACAGUGGUUUAAUUGGAAACCUGCUGACCCAUCUUGUAGGACUUGGUGGAGUUGUUUUCCCACCACAUCUGGAAGUUGGGAAGUGCUCUGAGGAGACACUCAGUUCUGGCAAUAACAGAGAGAUGUCUUUAAAUAGCUAAAUAUAUAUAUAUAUAUAUAUAAAAAAAAAAUUGUAAUUAUGAGCUGUAAGGAGGUCAGAUUUAUUUUUACAGUAUUACCUGUUUUGUUUUUCCUGUAUGUCACUUAUGAACCUGAUUUAAAUCUGUAAGCACUU